CUGGACUUCACUAAGAUGACGCAGACUCGCAGCAUGGACCCGCAGUGCCUGGAGCGCGGCGGCGGGAGGCUGGCCUGCGCCGGCGACGUCUGCCUCGGCAUGGAGGCCUUCAUGGGCGACUUCCGGGGCUCCUGCUCGCCGGCCGAGUGUCUGGGCCGGACCAGCAUCGGCCCGCUGAGCGAGAGCGACGAGGAGUGCCGCGAGGACGACGAAGACGAAGAGGAGGACGCUGAGGAGCGCGAGGCGGCCCAGCAGGCGGUGUUUGAGCGGGAUUGUACAGAACUGGACUUGAACUUGAUAGAAGAAAACUGACUGUCUGUAAAUGAAGGCUGUUCUCUGUUUCUGUUUUCUAAUUAAGUUUUAUUUUGAAAUGACCUGACCCCAGCCCUACUUCCUGUCCCGCCAUCCUCUCGACACUCGGCGACUCCUCGCCACCAAUCAGCAGAGCUCUCAGGAACAACAUCUUCUCCCAUUGGACGAGCUGAUCAGUGACGACAGUGAUGAUGUGGCUCACCUGGAGCCUCUGCUCCGGUCCACACAGGUACGACCUGCGCUCCAGGUAUCUUCCAACACGCACAAAGCGUCUGCCGAGGCGCCGCCGCAGCGCCCCACCCACGCCGCCGCCACCACGCCGGUUCUGGUCGGCCUCAGAAACCACGGCGAGGUCCAGACCAGCAGAGACGCCUGAACGCUUCCUGCUGUCAGAACUGAACGGAUCGUUUAGAGAUCGGUUCAGACGUCACAAACGACCUGCACCAGACAGGAAAUAGAUCUACAUGCCUUCCCGUAUAAAAGAUUCAGAUUCAGAUUGGAGACAAAGAAGUUUUUGCAUCAGCUGACAAUCAACAAGAGUCCUAAAAAAUAGGUUUAACAUGUUUAAAACGUUUUAAAUUUAACCGGCAGACUCUUCUUAAAUCCAGGAAAACAUUUUCAGAUUCUCACCUGCGGCAGUCAUGUGACCUGGACCUGCUGCAGUCAUGUGACCUGGACCUGCUGCAGUCAUGUGACCAGGCGGUGGUGAUGCGUUCAGGGUCGCUGCGCUGCUGCGGCGGCGCCUGUCAGACGCUACUGAGGGCAAAGAGCCACUGAUGCUGUUGUUCACCCGAGUGUUUCUUGCUGUACACAACCGUCACUAUAAAACACUAAACCUGUUGGUGUGGGGGGGGGGGGGGGCUGUGACGUCACACCUGCUGAUCAUGUGACUGGUGUUUAGAUUGAAUCCAUAUUUAAUCCACUCAGUGGGGAAGAAGCUGCUUUAAUGGGUUUUUAUAUAUUCUGAAACUGUUUGAUCUGUUAGGAAAUGAUGUGAAGAAACUGAGACGCCGUCGUUUACUGAAGCAGAAGCUUCAUUCCCUGUUUUAGUCCCUGCAGUCUUUCUGUAAUGUGUGGGUCCUGCUGAAUACGAGCAUAAAGUAUUUAAAACAUGGAAAUAAUAGAGGCCAAUUGACAAAUAACUCAGGUUUUAAAAUGCAUAGCAAAAAUAGAUAAAUUUAGGAUUGUGGUUAAAAGCAAAGCAGAACCGUGAAUUGGGUAAAUUUGGCCCCAAAUUAUUAAAUGUCAGAUUUAAAUUCACUUGGAGAGUUUUUCAUUCUGCAGGGAAGAUGCUUCCCAGUUAUGAUGGAAAUCCCUCAGGUUCAGUCAAAAGACAUUAGCAGACAUGUUACAUGACUUUAAUUAUUCAGUGAAAGGCUUCAUCGAUGUUUUUUUAAGUCAAAUCUAGAUUUUCUCCACCUGAUCCAGCGGUUCUCUGCGCUGAGGGUUGUAAUCCCGCUGGAGGACUCAAAUGUUUUAGCAUAAAUAUCUUAUUUAAGCUUAUUUAAGCUAUAAAUGUUGCAGCAGAUAGAGGCGGUUCCUCCAAACGGAUGAAGGCUGUAUAAUGGCUGUUUGUGUUUUCUCUGUUCUCCUGUUUAAUUAAUUUAUUAGGGAUACCUGUGUGCUCACCUGGCAGUCUGACCAGGAGUCUCUGCUGCUGUUAGUUUGAUGAAUAAUCUGGCUGAGCAGCAUUUAAAGGUGCAGAACCAGACCUGAUUCAGCUCUACGUCACAAUGGUUUUUCUUUGCCAGUAGUCCCUGAAAGCAGCGCCAGCCGCUGCCAGUAGGGGAAAUACCAACGUUUCUCUGUGAUGUCGGCUAAAAGAGGAACAGACGCGUUUUAGUCCAGUUUCAGGGUCUGAAUGCUGUAAAUCUAAUAAAGGAUCCACCAUUACUGCUGACAGCUGUCAGGACUACACUCUGAUUGGUUAAUUGGACUAAGCCAUUUAAUCUGGAUUCAAUCUCAGCACUGGGAAGUCACAUGAAAUGAACUCUUUAUCCAAACUGAACACGUUGCACAUCUAAACAUUUUCCUUUCACUGCUCAUGUGGGCUGAUGACUUCUUCUUGAUUGUGUCACAUUAACGUCGCUUUUACCGGUUACACUCAGAUAAUUCACCCCCGUCGCUGCUUUUAUUAGCUUUGACGCAUAGAAAGGACACCAUGACAUCAACAUUUGCCUUUUUUUAGGUUAACUCAUGAAAAAUAUCCAACCGUAAAGACUUUUAAUCAAAGACUGAGGAUCUAUUUCAGCUCAGCUUGGAAACGCCCUGAAAUGCAUCAAAACAAGAUUUUAUACCAUUUCCAACCAGAAGCCUUUUAAAGGCUGAUCUGGUUUAUAACAGCGUUCUACUGUGGCUACGUUACUGUUAAACUUUGAUAAAUAAUUUAAAUGUGACAUCAGCUGUGUGUCUUUGUUACAGAGCAUCUCUGCCCCCCAAAGGUUAACCCAGAACACGCCGGAACAUUUUAAAGAAGAGAAACCAGCAGACUGGAAAUUAACUGUCCAUAAAUUAAAUGUUUUAAAACUGACACACAAAAAUGAUUCAUUAAAAGUGAAUCAUUUGAGCUGAAAGCAUAAUUUGAUUCAUUAACAAAGUUUUAGUGUUUAAAUUAUUUAUCCAUAAGUUAUUGCAAACCUUUUACUUUGUAGGUGUUUUUCCUACUGUUAAAAGCAGCUUUUUUAAUACCAGCGGUGAUAAUUUAGAUGUGCAGUUACUGCUGUCUGCCUUUGAGGGGCAGUGUUGCUGCCUGGAUGUCUGGGGGUGUUUGUUUAUCAGGAUAACAUGUAAAAGUUCACUGUUUGUUAAUUUCCUUCCAUCUUUCCCAGCCUACUGCUGAUUUAAAGCGCGUUAAGGAUCAGUUCCCUGUUUCAGGAACAAUCAGAGCGUCAGGAGCUGAAACGUGCCAGAAGGGUCUUCCAUAACGUUUGGCAGAUUAAUUAUCAUUAUUAUCAUUAUCAUUUAAUCCAUAACUGGAGACAUGCAAUCACCUCAACCGCCCCCUCUCUUUACAUCUAUUACUUAAUAUUAUUGCAGUUUUUUAAGUCUAGUUUAGCUGAGAAAUGAGGUGGGAAAAGUACUUUAAGGUAAUGAACAGCAGUGUCUGCUGCCCUUAUAAUAACUCACAUUUACAUUUUCUAAGAAAAAAUAAUUUACCACACAUGGACAUUGAUGUGACCUUAGAGUGUUAGUUUGCUAAUUGGUUAAAAACUGAAGACGUAUAAGAACACAAGCGUUAAUGCAUUAAUCAGUCGAGCUGUUUUUUUCCUCCUGGAUGUUUUUCAUCUGCAUCAGAACGAUGGAAACUGCGUUACUUUGAGUUUCUACUAGAUCAACAAAUCCACAUUAGAUCAUUUAGCAAAAUGUUGAACUACUCCUUCAAGAUAAUGUUGCAUCUAAAAUUAAAUCUGUAUUUUACUGUAAAAUAAAAAAAAUUGUAAAUGUUAUGGCGGAAGUUUAAUAUAGUUUAACUGAAUUUAUGACAUAAUUAAAAAGUGGAAAUGCAUAUUUACAGUCAGGAGUGUUUCCACAUAUUACAUUUAUAGCCUUCAUGCAAACACUGAAGCAAAAGCCAACAGGAAUACGAUAACCUGCAGAACAGCGAACGGCUCCCAUAAUGCACCUGGCCCUCAGACGGUGCUCCCAUAAUGCACCUGGCCCUCAGACGGUGCACCCAUAAUGCACCUGGCACCUGUUAGGAUGGAUUACCUGGUCAAACGAGCUCAGUUAUCACAUUUCCUGCUGGAAAUGCAUCUUUUAAUACAAACAGGAGCUUUUUGUUACUAACGAAGAUAAUUUGCUCAAUUAACCAAAAAUAAAGUUCUGGCUUCAUUUGUCCUCCAUGCAGGGGAAAGACGUCCUGAUGUUAAAAUUAACUGAAGGAUUGCAUCAGGAACUUAUUAUUAUUAUUAUUAUUAUUAUUAUUAUUAUUAUUAUUAUUAUUAUUAUUAUUAUUCCUUGUUUUACUAGUGGAGGACAAAUCACUCUAUCACUCUAAAACUAUUGCGUUAAAAAAUGUCCUCAGACAUUCAGAUUUAUUUCUUUAUUCGCUCAGUACGGUUACGCCCCAGAUUGAGGUGAAAGUAACGUUUUUAUUCCGUAGAGUUGCUGGUGAAGCUGGAUAAACAUGGCCUGUCAUCCCUGAGACAUUUGCUCCUGAUGAUCUUUUAUUCGCGUUAAAUAAAGCGUCGUUCUGAGCUGACGCAGGCCGUCACACAGGAAGCGCCUGUAAGACGUCUUACUGUGAAAACUAUGAACUGGUCAUAGUGGCUGAGCUGCAUGAAAAGCUGCUGCAGGCGCAUCGACCCGCCGGCUCAGCCUUAUAACGGUUCUGGAGCUGAAGGUAACGGUACCAGAACCUUCUGGCCCAGAGGCCGUCCUGAUCCGAUGACCAAACAUCUGGACUGGCUCCUUUCUAUGCAGAGAAGCGGAGGCUCUACUUUGAGCUCCUCCUCUCUAAGGCUGAGCCCGGCUGCUCUCUGAAGGAGGCUAACUUCAGCCGCUUGGAUCCAGGAUCUCGUUCUCUGGGUCCGGAUCCAGACCCGGUGACCAUAAACGAGGGAAAAACGUAGACUGACCGCUAAACCCAGUAAAUAAACCUACUCCACUGAAAGUACUGAAACAUGUUUUGGACUCUCAUAAACUUCCGGCUUAUUAAACUGUCGCACAGCUUUGAGCUCACCUGGUACCGGUUUAUGAAAACCUUUAAGUUUUAAAACAGAAAGCUAAAAAAUGCACAUUUUACGGUUUUAUCUGGAAGGAGUAGAGGCAGCUACGUGAGUCCAGCGCGGCCCGUCUCGGCUCAGUUUCACCGCUAAGGGCCGGUUCUGCUGCGGUUCUUUGAGCCAGUCUGCAGCUGACCCGUUUGGUGUCGCGGUUCUGGAAGAACUUCAGCCAUGAUACCGGCCUCGGCCUCGUCUGAAGGAACGAUAAAAUAAACCGUUAGUUUAAUAAUAAACAGUCGGUUCAAUCAUACAAACGGCUCUAAAGUCGACAUAAUAUGAAUUAGUUCCUAUUUACAAUGCAGUCACGGUCAGUUUAUUAUUCCAGUCGGUGAAAAGUCUAUCUAAGGACACUCAGCAGCUCCUCCUGGCCAAGCUUGAGGUGACAGUGGGAAGGAAAACUCCCCUUUAGGACAGGAUCCCAGCGAUUUUUCUUCUCCUUGCCAGCCACCAGUGGUUCUUCCACCGCAGUUUGAGGACCAAGAACUUGGACAGGAACAAAAGCACAAUGUCCCCAUGAAACCCGUUAACUGGCAGAGCCCUCGUUAGCUCAGAGGGUCGUUAGCGAAGGUCUGUGACGUCACGUGUGGCAUCAGGACGGCUCGCUGCAUUCACGCUCCCGUCGUCAUCCCGCUUGGUUUCUGUCACAUAGCAUACAGCAUAAGCCUUAACGCAGCAUAUUCUGUUCUUCUGUAACUACAUUAAAAAGAAUAAAGGGAAAAGAAUCACAGAAAAAAGGAACUGUGUACUGUAGCUGUUACUUUCUUUCAGUCCUCUGUUGGUCACCUGCUGUUUUUCCUGACUUUCUAAGCUGAUGUCUGAACGCAGCGCGGUGUGGACAUGAAGACAUCCAGUUUCUCCAUGAGGGUGAGGAGUAGUCCUGUUUAGAGUUAGUCAAGAGUCUCAGACAUCUCUCGUCUUUUAGAAAUGUUUUCUAUUGUAUGUGAUUUAACAGAAAAGACAGUGUCAACAUGGCUAUUUGAAAAGCAGUUUGUGAAUAAAUUAAGUUUACUGAGAAUUAUUUUACAAGGAAACCGUAAAA